AUGGAACAGGACAAAAGUGAAAGUAGAAGUGGUGUGAUAGUUGUCACUGAUGUGGACCACCUGCAGAUGAAAAAGUCGAUCAGUCUACUUCACUGCACUGCGAUCCUGAUCUCUGUAACGGGCCACAUCUCCAUUUUCAUCACACCAACAGCCAUAUUUCAGUACACGGAGUCCGUAGGUUUAUCUCUCUUGAUAUGGUGUAUCGGAGGACUUAUAAACACAGGGGUCUGUCUGUGUUUUACAGAGAUGGGGACUAUAUACCCUAAGGCUGGCGGUGGUUAUGCUUAUGUCCUCAAAGUCUUCGGCGAUCUCCCCGGAUUUAUGAUCAUGUAUGGAUAUAUAUUAAUGAUCUGUUGUCCUUUCUGGGCAUUUGUAGCCUAUAUUGCGUCAUUGUAUACUUUACAGCCGAUCCUGGGAUGCAGACCGUCAGAAGCAGCUGUCAAACUGUUGGCUUCUUGGAUUCUAGUGACACUGGUUGCCCUGAACUGUGUGUAUAUGAAGUAUGUGACCAAAGUACAGACUUUUUUGUCCAUCACUAAGAUCUUAGCCCUACUUAUCAUCAUUACAGGAGGAAUUGUUCGUCUAACUCAAGGAGAAACAGAGUAUUUAGACAAUGCUUUCCCAUCAACGGCAGAAAGUCUAAAACUAGGGAACCUGGGCAUGGCCAUGUUCUUUUCAAUAUUCACUUAUGGGGGAUGGCAGGUUCUUGGCAGUUUGAUGGAGGAAGUGAGGGAUCCAGGAAAAGACGCUCCCCGAUCUGUUUAUCUUUCCUUUGCUGUCAUCAUCCUGAAGUACAUCCUCACAAACCUGGCUUAUUUCAUAGUCCUGUCACCUCAACAAAUACUUCAAACAGACGCCAUAGCAGUGAUUUUUACAGACAUGCUGUAUCCUCCCAUGACUCCAGUCAUUACUAUCCUGGUAGGGGUCAGUUGUGUUGGAGUUCUUAAUGCCAGCAUCAUGGGACAUUCAAGGAUUUUAUUUGCUGGUGCCAGAAACGGACACGCCCCCAUGAUAUUAAGUACGUUACACAUCAGAUUCCUGACCCCUUGGGCAGCCAUCAUUGUCAUGAGUGCAUGGGCCUUAGUCAUGUUAGUGACUGGAGGACUGACAACCUUUAUGGAAUUUAUUCAGGUUUUCUCCACCAUCCUCAGUAUAUUUGUCAUAUCUGCUCAGCUGUAUUUACGUAAGACACAGCCAGAUAUCAACAGACCAUUUAAGGCUAACCUGGUGAUGGCUGUUACAGUACUUGCUGUCAAUGUGAUGCUGUUAAUUAUUUGUGUAAUUGCUGCACCUUCAAGAAUCGGUCUUGGUAUCGUAGUGUGGUUCACAAGUCUGCCAGUGUAUGCAGUGUUUGUUAAAUGGACUUCAAAACCCAAAGGAUUUCACAAAUUAAUGGCAAAGAUAACCAACAGCUUACAGAAAGCGCUUGUGCUGGGAAAGUCGGCAUGAUGGUAUCAGCAGUACCUUACAGAAAUCUUAAAUUUUAGGAUAA